UGUUCCACAAGUACAGUGUCCACAAGAAACCGAAACAAGCGUUGCUCCGUAGCCAAAGGCAGCAGCGGCGGGCGCAGCGACAUCACGUCAUGGCCGCUCGCAGGAGUGUUUUGCGACGCGACAGCUUUCUACAGUUUCUGAUCUAGUUCUGCGACGAUUUCUUUUCCUGGCGUGCGUGCUUCACGUCCCACUUGUGUCCUUUUUUUUUUUCAAAGUGUGAGACAGACACAUCCACAAGAUGGGCAAACGACAGCAUCAGAAGGACAAGCUCUAUCUCACGACUACGGAAUGGUCGACGAUCUACGGCGGUCGACGUCCCAAUGCGACGCGCCAGGCCGAAGGCUCCGAAUUCAAGCGACUGCCGUUCGACCACUGCGCGCUUUCGUUACAGCCUUUCGAGCACCCGCUAUGCACACCCGAAGGAAUCAUCUACGACAUCAUGAACAUCGUCCCCUUCGUCAAGAAGUACGGCAUCGACCCCGCAAGCGGCAAGCCCAUCGACGCCAAAAAGCUGAUUCGGCUCAACUUCGCCAAGAACGCCGACGGCAAGUACCACUGCCCCGUCUUGUACAAGGUGUUCAACGAAAACACGCACAUCGUCGCCAUCAAGACGACCGGUAACGUCUUCUCGUACGACGCCGUCGACCAGCUGAACCUUCGGGCCAAGAACUUCAAGGACUUGCUCACGGACGAGCCGUUCACGAGGCAGGACAUCAUCACCCUGCAGGACCCGAGCGACCUCGAGAAGUUCAAUCUCUCCCGGUUUCACCACCUCAAGCACAACCUCAAGGUGAUCGACCCCGAAGAAGAGAAGAUGAAGUCCGACCCCAAGUACACCCUGCGAAAGAUGAACGCCGAAACGCGCACCAUCCUCGACACGUUGGACAAGGAGUACAAGCCGCCCACGGAGGCGGAGAAGACGGAGAAAGUUGUCCGGAAGGCGGACAAGUUCAACGCCGCGCACUACUCCACCGGAGCCGUGGCCGCCUCGUUCACGUCCACUGUCAUGGAGGUCACCACUGCGCAUGAACCGGCCGUGCUGGCGGACGACGUGGUGCGUUACUCCAUGGUGAAGAAGAAGGGCUACGUCCAGCUCCAGACGACGCACGGCAACCUCAACUUCGAGCUGUACUGCGACGCCGUGCCCAAGACGUGCGAGAACUUCGUGGGCCUCUGCAAGAAGGGCUACUACGACAACACCAAGUUCCACCGGUCCAUACGCCACUUUAUGAUACAGGGCGGAGACCCCACGGGAACCGGGAAAGGAGGGGAUUCCCUUUGGGGGAAACCGUUCAAGGACGAGUUCAAGCCUAACCUCGUCCACCAAGGCAGAGGCAUGCUGAGCAUGGCAAACGAAGGGCCAAACAUGAACAAGUCGCAGUUCUUCGUGACAUACCGGUCUUGCCGCCAUUUGGAUUCAAAGCACACAGUGUUUGGCAAGCUGGUUGGUGGUCUGGAUGCACUGAACACGAUCGAAUCUGUCGAGACCGACAAUAAGGAUCGUCCCAUCGAAGACAUUGUCAUUCUAAAGGCUGUAGUCUUUGUGGAUCCUUUUGAGGAGGUAGACGAGGAGUUGAAGAAGAAGAGAGAAGAUGAGGCAAUGAAAAAGAAGCAAGGGGACAGUGAGCAAAUGGAAAAGAAACUGAAAGCCAAGAGGGUUCUCAAGGAGUUCCACAAGGGAGUUGGCAAGUACAUUGAUCCCGAAACUGCAAAGGCAGCUACCAAGGAGGCGGAAGCUGAAGUACCAGUGAAGAAAGUGAAGGCAGUGACUGGAAAGUUUGGGGACUUCAGUUGCUGGUGACAAAACCAGAAAUAUUGUUUUCAUUUUUAAGAAAGUUCAGUUCAUCUUUUAGAUGCAUUGAAAUGCCACACAUGUACCAUUUCACUUGACAGAACUUUUCAUGUGCACAUGUUUGGAACACGGUCAGUGGUAUAGCCAUCUUUCUCGGCGUGGGAUGGCUUUAUCAUAUGAUAGCUGAAGCCCAGUUAAUUCCCUGGUCCUUCCCCCUGAACAUGGCAUGAUUUGCUUAAAAAUGAUCUCUACUGCCUCAUAGCAUAACUGCUGCAUGAUAAGGUAUUUGUUGUUAGGAGGAAGAUAACUCCUUCCCUCCUUUUGAAUACAUGUGAAAUUGGAGUUAUUCAUCAGGAAACUGUGGAACUGAUUUGAAUGUAAAAGAAAAAGUAGAUUCAAGCGAAUAUAGGGAGCACAGUUUUCACAAAUAUCCAAAUAUUUUGUCAAAAUUUACGUGUCAAUUUUGAGAAGCCUUAGCUCUGCUACGAGAAGUGGGCAUGAUGAUCCUGUAGAAAGCGCCUUAUGCAGUGUUUAAAAUGAGCAGGAUUUGUGUAUUGCACAUUAUGGUGAAAAAUAUUGUUAUUCUUUAUCAAGACAUUUUCAGAAGUCACAUAGAAAAUUUAUGUAAAGCACGAAUUAAUAUGGUAAAUUAGUCCACUUCGAACUCUAUCAAUUGAUAUUUAUCGAAUUGCAAUAUAAGUUUUCUUGUAUUGAUUUGAGCAUUAUAAGCGGGCUUCAAUUUUUAGUAAGCCUCUAAUCUUAAAUAUGACGGCCUUCAGGAAAAUGUCUGCUUCCAACAAUAACUAGAAUUAACUUUUUUUUUCAAGGCCGACAAAUUUUAUUCAGAUCUGUUCAGCGCCUAAGGGCAUUUCUGGUAUUUUUGAAUGAAGGAUGAAUAAAGCUUUCCAAUGAUGUGCAUGAUGAGAGCACUAGCAUUGCAUCCUGGUUGAAGCAGAACACAAUGUCGUAAGGCCAAGCUGCUUGUGGUACUCUGAGAGCACCCACAACACGGUAUAGCUGUAAACUAAGUUUCAGAAGCUUGUGUGAAGAAACUUGUAUGUCUGCAACGAUUCUGUCAUCUGUGUAUCAGAAACAUGUAUAAACUUUGUACAUAAGACAAA